CAUUCCUUGGCAUCAGCUACUCAGUACUGCUGACCUCUUCCACUCAGUCUAGCACUCUACAAAUUAUCAUCUCUGGACUCCCAGCUGACACUCUGCUGGAGGUAAAAGCUACGAAGCCAGCUAGAACUGUGCCUUUUCUCUUUUCAAGGUUCUUUUCUUACACAGCAAAAAGGAAGAAAAAAAAAAGAUGAAGCUGGGCAAAGUAGAGCUGUGCCAUUUUCUGCAGCUUAUAGCUCUCUUCCUGUGCUUCUCUGGGAUGAGUCAAGCUGAGUUGCCAAGGUCCAGAUCCAAGCCGUAUUUCCAGCCAGGGAAGUCCCGAACUAAGCGCAGCUGGGUGUGGAAUCAAUUCUUCGUGCUGGAGGAAUAUAUGGGUUCAGAUCCCCUCUAUGUAGGCAAGCUUCACUCUGAUGUUGAUAAAGGAGAUGGUUCCAUCAAAUACAUCUUGUCAGGCGAAGGGGCAAGUUCCAUUUUUAUUAUUGAUGAGAACACGGGGGAUAUUCAUGCCACCAAGAGACUGGACCGGGAGGAGCAGGCCUAUUAUACACUCAGAGCCCAAGCUCUUGACAGACUCACCAACAAGCCUGUGGAGCCCGAAUCUGAAUUUGUUAUAAAAAUUCAGGAUAUCAAUGACAAUGAACCCAAAUUUCUGGAUGGCCCAUACACAGCAGGAGUUCCUGAAAUGUCUCCUGUUGGGACUUCCGUGGUACAAGUGACAGCCACAGAUGCUGAUGAUCCUACCUAUGGCAACAGCGCUAGGGUGGUGUACAGCAUUCUGCAAGGACAGCCAUACUUUUCAGUGGAGCCAAAGACAGGAGUCAUCAAGACUGCUCUUCCAAACAUGGAUAGAGAGGCUAAAGACCAGUAUUUGCUUGUCAUUCAGGCAAAGGAUAUGGUUGGUCAAAACGGCGGACUAUCGGGAACCACUUCAGUUACCGUGACCCUAACGGAUGUGAAUGAUAACCCACCUCGCUUUCCAAGAAGAUCUUAUCAGUAUAAUGUUCCAGAAUCUUUGCCUGUUGCAUCAGUUGUGGCCAGAAUUAAAGCUGCUGAUGCAGAUAUAGGAGUUAAUGCAGAAAUGGAAUACAAAUUAGUGGAUGGUGAUGGUUUGGGGAUUUUCAAGAUAUCUGUGGACAAAGACACACAGGAAGGAAUCAUAACAAUACAAAAGGAACUCGAUUUUGAAGCCAAAACAAGUUAUACCCUGCGCAUAGAAGCUGCAAAUCGUGAUGCCGAUCCCCGCUUUCUAAGUUUGGGUCCAUUCAGUGACACCACAACUGUGAAGAUAAUUGUGGAGGAUGUAGAUGAGCCCCCUGUGUUUUCUUCACCCUUGUACCCCAUGGAGGUAUCAGAAGCUACACAGGUGGGAAAUAUCAUUGGGACUGUAGCAGCUCAUGACCCAGAUGCUUCCAACAGCCCUGUGAGAUAUUCAAUUGACAGAAACACAGACUUGGAGAGAUAUUUCAAUAUUGACGCUAACAGUGGAGUUAUCACUACUGCCAAAACAUUGGAUCGAGAGACAAAUGCUGUCCAUAAUAUUACAGUCCUUGCAAUGGAAAGCCAGAAUCCAUCUCAGGUUGGGAGAGGCUACGUGGCCAUCACUAUCCUGGACAUUAAUGACAAUGCACCUGAGUUUGCCAUGGACUAUGAAACCACUGUCUGUGAAAAUGCUCAGCCUGGGCAGGUUAUCCAGAAAAUCAGUGCUAUAGAUAAAGAUGAGCCAUCUAAUGGACAUCAGUUUUACUUCAGCUUAACAACAGAUACAACAAAUAAUCACAACUUUUCAUUGAAAGAUAACAAAGAUAACACAGCCUCAAUACUCACCAGAAGAAAUGGGUUCCGUAGACAGGAGCAAUCAAUUUACUAUCUGCCAAUUUUCAUUGUGGACAGUGGAUCCCCUUCACUAAGCAGUACCAACACACUUACCAUCCGUGUCUGUGACUGUGAUGCUGAUGGUGUAGCACAAACCUGCAAUGCAGAGGCCUAUGUUCUACCUGCUGGCCUCAGCACUGGGGCCUUGAUAGCAAUACUGGCCUGUGUCUUGACACUAUUGGUGCUGAUCCUCCUCAUUGUCACUAUGAGAAGACGAAAAAAAGAGCCUCUCAUCUUUGAUGAGGAGAGGGACAUUAGAGAAAAUAUUGUCAGAUACGAUGAUGAAGGCGGGGGAGAAGAAGAUACUGAAGCCUUUGACAUGGCUGCACUGAGAAACCUCAACGUCAUACGAGACACCAAAACCCGCAGAGAUGUGACUCCUGAAAUUCAGUUCUUGAGUAGACCUACUUUUAAAAGCAUCCCAGAUAAUGUCAUUUUUAGGGAAUUUAUUUGGGAAAGACUGAAAGAAGCUGAUGUGGACCCAGGGGCUCCGCCAUAUGACUCACUGCAGACCUAUGCAUUUGAAGGAAAUGGUUCAGUUGCUGAAUCUCUCAGUUCUUUAGAUUCCAUCAGCUCAAACUCUGAUCAGAAUUAUGACUACCUAAGUGACUGGGGUCCGCGCUUUAAACGACUGGCCGACAUGUAUGGAAAUAGCCAAGAGACCUUGUACUCAUAGCCUUGGACAGUCCAUUUGAAAUGUACUGAAUAAAAU